CAGUAUUCGCCACAACAUAUUUAAUUAACACGACAACAAUACAACAUUGAAUUUAGUAUUUACCAAUUCUAUAAUAUUCUUAAUUUAUUUUUCUGACGAUACCGGCUGGCGAUUACCAUUACUGAAACAGCGAGACACUGAGCACACCGGAUAGCGACGUGAAACUUGUGUUGGUGGCUGGUAAAAGAUUUCUGCAGAAAACUAAUUUGUGAAUUGUCGAUCAUUUUGGAGUUUCGAACAAAUACGAGACGCACGCGCCGCUGUCCGAUAAUGAUUACAGACGUUCAAUUAGCUGUAUUUGCCAAUGUAUUGGGUGUCGGCUUAUUUCUCCUAGUUGUUCUCUACCAUUACGUGACGGCAAAUUUCCCAUCAAAAUAAUUUUUUACUAAUAUCAAUAUGAAUUACAUUCCGGUCAGCUGCAAUAUAUAGCAAGAUGUUCAACUACGGGUUGGAUAUCAUUCCAUACUUAAAAUAAAAUGAAAUAAUACUCAAUUUAUAUUUCAAUGUUGGAUUAUGAAUACUUCAACCUACGUCCACCAAUUCAAUGUUAACAGAAAAUUAAUUUAAAUUAGAAAAAAAAUAUAUGCAGGGUCAUUCAAAUCAUAGUAAUUUUUAAUUUAGAGUAUGAUUGAAUGGCCCUGCAUCUCAGUGAUUUUUUUUUUUACCAAUUCAUCAACGCAACAAUUCAUUUCAUAAAAAACAACAAUUUUUUUUAUCAAAAUAAUAUAUUAUUUUCAUGUUGAAUAUUCUUUUUAUAAUUUUAUUUCCAUACAUUAAAUUAAAUAUUAUAAUUUAUUUGUGUUUUAUUAACAAAGUUAUAUAAUGAACACUAUUUACUUAACUUCAAUUAAAUUAUUAAAUAUUAAUACUUAGUUCUAUUUUGUAAUUUGAUUAAUCAACUUUAUUGAAAUAAAAAUUACAAUAUUAUCUGUU